AUGUUUCAACAAAGAAACAAAGCAAAAUCAGUACUUAUUCUUAAAAAACCUGCAAACACUCCCAGUAAUUCAUCAAAAAUAUCUCAAGACCUUCUUGAUUUUGAAAACCAAAGCUCCACCAGCGCUUAUUCAUCCCAAAAUCACCAGGAAAGCAUCCAACUUAUUUUGAGAGACAUCGCCAAGGCAUUUAGAGACGCUGCCAUGGAAGUAGCUCAUGAGGAGGGUCUUGACAAUCAACACCGGGGCCUAAGACUAAUUG